AUGGCCGAGGGAGGAGACCAUGAUGCAGCCAAUGCCAAUCUUGUGCAAUUGCCACAAGAAUGUGCCCGGAAAAUGUCGACAAACUUCAGUGCCAUGGAUACAGCCGCCGACGCCGCCAAGGCGACUGAAGUCGAGCACCAAAUGGGACUUCUUCAGAGCCUCAAAGUAUACCGAAAGGGGGCUCUCUGGUCAUUGGCCUUGUCGACGGCCAUCAUCAUGGAAGGCUUCGACCUGAUCCUGCUCAACAGCCUGUUUGGCUUCCCGUCGUUCAAGAGGAAAUUCGGCAGGCCCUUGCCUGACGGGACCUAUGAGCUGACGGCAGCGUGGCAGACUGGGCUGGCCAACGGGGUGCUGGUGGGCCAGAUCCUCGGCCUCUUCAUGAACGGCUUUCUCGCCGACAGGUUCGGGUACAGGAAAACCAUGGCGGGGGCCUUGACGUUGGUGGUGGCCUUUAUAUUCAUCCCCUUCUUUGCCCACAACGUCGAGACCCUUUUGGCCGGCGAGAUUCUGCUUGGUAUUCCCUUUGGCAUCUUUCAGACGCUGGCCUGUACCUAUGCCUCCGAGGUCUGCCCUACUCAGCUCCGGAGCUAUCUGACGGCGUAUAUCAAUCUUUGCUGGUGCAUUGGUCAGAUCCUCGCCUCCGUCAUCCUGCGGGCGCUCGUGAACCGGACAGACGACUGGGGCUAUCGCAUCCCCUUUGCGCUGCAGUGGUUCUGGCCUAUUCCCAUAUGCCUCGCCGUCAUCUUUGCGCCCGAGUCGCCGUGGUGGCUCGUCCGGCGCGGCCGCAUAGACGACGCCAGGAGAUCCGUCGCGCGUCUGACGUCGAAAAAGAUGAACCCAGACUUCAACGUUGACCACUCGGUCGCCAUGAUGGUGUAUACCGACCACCUGGAAAAGACGGUCUCGGCAGGGACGAGCUAUGCGGAUUGCUUCAAGGGAAUCGACUUGCGACGGACCGAGAUUGUGUGUGGUGUCUGGGCCUGCCAAGUUCUGUGCGGCUCGGCCUAUUCCGGAUACUCUAGCUACUUUUUCCAACAGGCCGGGCUCGAUGCCAGCAACGCCUUUACCUUGACCCUUGCGCAGUACUGCAUCGGAGCCUUUGGCGUUUUUGCGUCAUGGUUUCUGAUGGGAUGGUUUGGGCGACGAGUGCUCUACCUGACCGGGCUGGGACUAAUGGCUAUCAUCCUGGCGAUCAUCGGAUUCAUCGGACUUGCAGGGCGAUCAAAUGUUGGUGCACAGUGGGCCAUUGGCGCCAUGAUCCUCGUAUACACACUCAUCUAUGACAGUACGGUCGGCCCAGUAUGCUACGCGCUGGUUUCCGAGAUUCCCUCCACGCGGCUCAAGACAAAGUCUGUGGUCCUGGCGAGGAAUUCGUACAACAUUACUGGCAUUGUCAAUAACAUCAUCACACCGCUGAUGAUCAAUCCAACGGCGUGGAAUUGGGGGGCCAAGUCAGGGUUCUUCUGGGCAGGAUCAUGUGCGCUGUGCUUUGUCUGGGCCUACUUUCGUAUUCCGGAACCAAAGGGCCGUACCUAUGGUGAGCUCGACGUCCUCUUUGAGGCAAGAGUGCCAGCACGUAAAUUCAAAAAGGCCACAGUAGAAGGAUUUACACGCCACAGAUCAUCAGCUGGUACUGCGGAAAUGAAGGUAGAAGAAACUGUGACUGAAAAGGUAGCUUGA